UCAGACUACCAUUGCUGAAUCAUUGGGGUCCAUUUACCCUGUGUUCUGUAUAUAAACAGCGCCCUGACAGGGCAGAACAGCUCAGACCUGCACCAUCAGCACACAGCAACAGCACACAGCGACAGCAUUCAGGUAGCAGCAAUACGAAAUUGGAAACAGAUUUCAAGAUGCCGCUGGUAAACAGCUUGGGGCCUCUGGAAAGUUACAUCGGUGCAGAGGAGGGAGUUGCUUUCAAGGCUGACAACAACAUGUUCUGGAGCUGCAUCGAGCGAUCUAAUAUCUACAACAUUGAGGCAGCCAAGAGCACCAAAGAUGCCUGGUGCAGGUUCCUGGUUUCCAAAGCCCCAAAUGGGAAGAUCUUGCUGAGGGACCGUAGAGGCGUGUACCUCAGCCGAAUUGACAGAUCAGGAAUCCAGCACAUUGAGGCGGCCAAGACAAACCCUGACAAAUACUGCGAGUUCAGCAUCUUCACCGAAGACGGCAAAGUCGUCCUCCAAGCUGACAACGGAAGGUUUAUCAGCAGAAUCUAUCGAGAGAAUCAGAACAUCGAGGCUGCAAAGGAGGGCCCGGAUGAGUGCUGCAGGUUCAGCACGACCAUCGGAGACAUCAUCAGCCCUACCUUCCAGAUAGUCAAGGUAGACUUUGGCAAGGUACCAGACCUCAUUGAUAAGCCAUCAGUGGUGAGCUGCGAUGUCUAUGUUAACCGCACCAGUGUGAAGCAACAACACACCUUCAGCUUAACCUGGGAAACCAAAGUCACUGAAACCACCAGCUGGAAGCACGCCUGGGGCUUCUCCUCCACUGUAUCUGCAGAUGUUCUAUUUGCGAGUGUUGAAGCCACAGUGAGUUACAAUGGGGAGUAUGGCAAGGAGUCUACUAAAGAGAAAACCAUCUCCCAGAGCAGAAGCACAGAAGUCACCGUCCCGCCCCACACCAAGAUCACCGCCAAGCUCAUCGCCCACAAGGACGAUGACGCGGAGAUUCCCUUCACAGCGACGGUCAAGAAGGUCAAGAGCGAUGGGCGAGUGGAGAUCCUGAAAGAAGAAGGCACCUGGAAGGGGGUGCUGUACGAAAACGUGAUGAUCGAAGUCGACGAAGAACAACUGACGAAGAAUUAGGAGCUGUGCGUCGGGUAACGCUUUAGAUGAAGUGUCUCUGAUUACAGUGUAUUGAAACAGUAUUGACAAUGCUUACACAUCAUUACAAUGUUAUUGUGCAGAGUGGCAAUGGACUUCAUAUCAUAGGGCAGCAGUGUGGAGUAGUGGUUAGUGCUCUGGUCUCUUGACCGGAGGGUCGUGGGUUCAAUCCCAGGUGGGGGGGACACUGCUGCUGUACCCUUGAGCAAGGUACUUUACCUAGAUUGCUCCAGUAAAAACCCAACUGUAUAAAUGGAUAAUUGUAUGUAAAAAUAAUGUGAUGUCUUGUAACAAUUGUAAGUCGCCCUGGAUAAGAGCGUCUGCUAAGAAAUAAAUAAUAAUAAUGUUGAGAUAUAUGUAAGGAUUACAGUUAGGGUUAUAUCAUGCAGAAAAUGUCCACAUUAAGUACACUGGAACUGUGCACAAUAACAUUGUAAUGAUGUGUAAGCAUUGUCAAUACUAUUUCAAUACACCGUAAUGAGACGCUUCAUGAACUUGUAAGGUAUUGCUUACUUUGAUUAUGCCUUACAAGGUCAUAUUGUUGCAAUUUCCUGUUUUGAAUAUAACCAAAAAAAUUAGAAAUGUCACUUGUCUUGAUUCAUCACACUUGUCAUGUCAAAAGAAAUGCACGACCUAACAUCUUCUUGCAAAUUAAAAUAGAAUCCAAACAGAACAAGACAGCUGAAUUUGCUGUACACAAAUCCUUAUUUGCUUGUUACAGCUGCAUGUGUGGGUGUGGGUGUGGGUGUGGGAGUGGGGAUUACCUUCUUUAUUAUGAUUAUGUUUUGCUAUCUUCUAUGCUUCAUUAAACGCUGCUAUAGGGAUGUUAUGGUUAUUAAGAGCGAGAAGCUAGAGUAGAUUUAACUGUGAGUUCAUUAAAGCAAAGAAACCUGUGCUAGAAAUUGACAUUAGCGCUUAGCAUAUACAUUUACUCUCAAAUUCAUUUCUGAAUAUUAUCUAAUCGUAGCGCAAAAGAGAGAGAUCCGUUGAGAGAGGAUGGAUUGUGUAAAGGUAAUGCAUGCAUAUGUGAGACGCUUCAUUUACUAUGGCCAAUUAGCAUCAAAAGGAGGGGAAUGUAGGAACAGAUGAAUGGAACGAUGUACACGAACCGGGCUGCAUACAGGGAGUGUCUGUACUGUGAGGGGUAUGAAAGAGUUCAUGUAGACAGUGGACUCUGUGCAUGGUGUAUGAGUUUGCUCUUUGUGAAAGCAGAUGUUAUCAGGAGCAGCUGCAGAUGCAUUGUAAGUUCUAGGAAGUGAUUGUCGCGAGAGGAACUAGAACACUAUCGCUGCGUUUCUAACUGGCAGCAGAAGUUUAUCAAAGAACUCGUUGAUGCAACAGAAAGAAUGGCUCCAAGGAGGGGCAGCCAGGUCAUCGGUGCUGAGGAAAUGGGCAGCAACUGAUACUGACAACGACACUCUGCUUAUCAGCUCAGGGCAUGCAUUACCGUAACAUAGGUGACUAAUAUAAUCUGUCUGACAAUAGAUUUGCUAGAAUCGCUUGAUAUAUAACUAUGCAGUAAUGGAAUGAAAGAUGUUUAAUAAAGAGCUUGAUGUGAUAUAUUCAGAAUAA